AUGAUGCUGGCAACGACAACAUUUCUUCCAACCGUGGUUGCGCUACUCUCCAGAGCUCCAGCCAGUCCUGUACUGUCCCUAUACCUAAAACUCAGCUCUGGGAUGUACCUCCACUUCCCGUCUGAGCUAGAACCCACCAGCCCACAUUCUACACCUUUUACCACGAGGCAGUGGAGGCUCACAGGGGUUUUAAGUAGUAAAAUACCAGUGGGACUGGGACAGGAACCCAGUACUUCCCAUGUCCGAAUGCGAGAGCGGUAA